CGAAGUGGAGCGCGAGGGUGGGGGCGGCGGCCCAGUGCGCGCGCGCUCCCUCCCUCCCUCCCUCUUUCCCCGGGUCCCGCUUCAAGACCGCGCAUUGUAUCUCUCGGCGCGCGCGCUGCAGUCGCGGGGCUAAGAAGGCAGCCCUCUUUCCCGGCGGCGGAGGAGCUUUCCGCAAGAAAGGAGGAGAAGCCAUGGCGGUGGAAGAAGAGGGGCUGCGGGUGUUCCAGAGCGUCAGGAUUAAAAUAGGAGAAGCUAAAAAUCUUCCUACGUAUCCAGGGCCAAACAAGAUGAGGGAUUGCUACUGUACUGUAAACCUGGACCAGGAAGAGGUUUUCAGGACCAAAAUAGUGGAGAAAUCACUAUGUCCCUUUUAUGGAGAAGACUUCUACUGUGAAAUUCCACGAAGUUUUCGUCAUCUGUCAUUUUACAUUUUUGAUAGAGAUGUCUUCCGCAGGGAUUCAAUUAUUGGAAAAGUAGCAAUAUUGAAAGAAGAUUUGCAAAAGUACCAUAACAGAGACACCUGGUUUCAGCUGCAACAUGUUGAUGCUGAUUCAGAAGUACAGGGCAAGGUCCACUUAGAACUGAGGCUGAGUGAAGUCAUAACAGACACGGGGGUCAUUUGCCAUAAGCUCGCUACGCGAGUUCUUGAAUGCCAAGGCUUGCCCAUUGUGAAUGGGCAGUGUGAUCCUUAUGCAACUGUUACCUUAACAGGACCAGGCAGAUCAGAUGUCAAGAAGACGAAAGUUAAAAAGAAGACAAACAACCCACAGUUCGAUGAAGUGUUUUAUUUUGAGGUUACGAGACCCUGCAGCUAUAACAAGAAAUCUCAUUUUGAUAUUGAAGAUGCCGAUGAAGUUGACAAGAUGGAAAUCAGAGUUGACCUUUGGAAUGCAAGCAACUUGAAGUUUGGAGAUGAAUUUCUUGGGGAACUAAGGCUACCUUUGAAAUUUCUCCGGCAGUCCAGCUCUUAUGAAGCAUGGUAUUUUCUGCAACCCAGAGAUAAUGGAAACAAGUCACUGAAACCUGAUGACCUGGGUUCCUUGAGGUUAAAUGUGGUUUACACAGAAGACCAUGUUUUCCCUUCAGAUUAUUACAGCCCUCUUCGAGACCUCUUAUUCAAAUCUGCAGAUGUUGAGCCUGUUUCAGCAUCUACUGCCCAUAUACUGGGCGAAGUCUGCAGGGAAAAGCAGGAGGCAGCCAUACCCCUGGUUCGACUCUUCUUACACUAUGGCAAAAUUGUGCCUUUAAUCAGUGCAAUUGCAAACGCUGAAAUAAAAAGAACUCAAGACCCAAACACCAUUUUCAGAGGAAACUCAUUAACUUCCAAGUGCAUUGAUGAAACCAUGAAACUGGCAGGGAUGCAUUACCUUCAAGUAACCCUGAAGCCAAUUAUCGACGAGAUUUGCCAAGUUCAUAAAUCUUGUGAAAUUGAUCCUGUGAAGUUGAAAGAUGCUGAAAAUUUGGAUAAUAACCGGGAAAAUCUUAGGCAAUAUGUAGACCGGAUUUUCACAGUCAUUACAAAGUCUGGGGUCCGUUGCCCUACAGUGAUGUGUGAUAUCUUUUUUUCACUGAGGGAGUCCGCUGCCAUACGCUUUCAAGAUGAUCCAGAUGUUAGGUAUACAGCAGUAAGCAGCUUCAUUUUUCUGAGAUUCUUUGCACCUGCGAUUCUUUCUCCAAAUCUCUUUCAUCUUACACCUCAUCACCCGGAUCCACAAACCUCAAGAACUCUGACGCUCAUUUCCAAGACCAUACAAACAUUAGGCAGCUUAUCGAAAUCUAAGUCUGCCAAUUUCAAGGAAUCAUAUAUGGCAACAUUUUAUGACUACUUUAAUGAGCAGAAAUAUGCAGAAUCAGUCAAAAAUUUCUUAGAUUUAAUUUCAUCCUCUGGAAGAAGAGACCACAAAAGUAUAGAGCAGGCGAUACUACUUAAAGAAGGGUUCAUGAUCAAGAGGGCACAAGGCAGGAAACGAUUUGGUAUGAAGAACUUCAAGAAGAGGUGGUUUCGACUUACCAACCAUGAAUUUACCUAUCAGAAAAGCAAAGGUGACCAUCCACUGUGCAACAUUCCAAUUGAAAACAUUCUGGCAGUAGAAAAAUUGGAGGAGGAGUCCUUCAAAAUGAAAAAUAUGUUCCAAGUAAUUCAGCCCGAAAGAGUUCUGUAUAUCCAGGCAAAUAAUUGUGUUGAAGCCAAGGACUGGAUUGAUAUCCUCACCAAAGUUAGCCAGUGUAACAAGAAACGCCUUGCUGUCUACCACCCCUCUGCAUACCUUAAUGGGCACUGGCUGUGCUGCAAAGCGACAGCAGAUAAUACCCCUGGCUGUACUCCCUGCACUGGGGGCCUCCCAGCAAAUAUCCAAUUAGACAUAGAUGGAGACAGAGAAACUGAACGCAUCUAUUCCCUUUUCAAUUUGUAUAUGGUUAAACUGGAGAAAAUGCAAGAGGCUUGUGGCAGUAAAUCUGUGUACGAUGGACCAGAGCAGGAAGAGUAUUCAACCUUUGUUAUCGAUGACCCUCAGGAGACCUACAAGACACUAAAGCAGAUUGUAGAUAAUGUUAAAACCCUCGAGCAAGAACAUGCCCAGUACAAGAGGGAUAAAUUCAAGAAGACAAAAUAUGGAAGCCAGGAACACCCCAUCGGUGACAAGAGCUUCCAGAGCUACAUCAGGCAGCAGUCGGAAAUCUCAGCGCAUUCCAUUUGAAGUCUGAAGGAAUUUACAAGGCGGUGCUGUUGACGGGUCGAAAUGAGAGAAAGGAAAAGAAUGAAAGAAACAAAGAGAAGCCAACCAGUAGCGGGAUGUACCUACCUAAACAUCGAGCUCGCUGAGGCUUGCUAAGUGUUUUCUCUCUCUCUGUCUCUCUCCAAGAACUGUUACAAUAGUUGCUAUGCACUUUAUUCAUCUGAUAACUAACAGAUGAAGGAACUCUGCCUUCUAGGCAAUUUUCAUUGUAUGUGUUGUGUUUGAGCUGUUUUUUCUUUUUUUAAAAAAAUGUUGCUCUGGCUUCUUGGAAUCUAGUGAUCAGUUCAAUGAUCAAGGUGUGUGGAUUUCAUAUUGACAACUUCCACAGUCCUGUACAUGGUUGAGAGCAUUCUUUUAGAUUUCUUAUUUUUCGGUUGCUGACUACUUUCUUUUCUAUGCCACACAGCAAUUAGCGAAGGCUUUGCAGCACUUGCUUUUUUAUGGCUAUGUUUAAAACUUAAGCGGAGAUUAGCUCUUUUUGGUUUUUAGUGCAGUCUCCCCACAAGCAGGUUGAAAAGCAGGGUAUUUUGGUCUUCACAUCAGCCGUGUAAUAUUUGGUUAAGAGCUGGCUUUUUAAGGUAAAAUUCUAAUAUUUAAAUGGUACUCUUUGAUAUUUUUGAGAUACAAAAUCGUUUCCACCAAGGCAUUCUGUCGAUUUCUAUUUUUGCUAUAUAGUGGUGCCAUUAAGAAUAAUGGAAAUUAAUUCAAAGUGUAAAUAGUACAGGAAUACAUGGAAGUCUGGUCCUAGAAAGUUUGGUUUACAUUUCUGAAUUACUGCCUCUUAUUUGUUUCCAUGUUCCUAAGGGCCAUUUCCAAUGCAGCAAUUUUUCUAUAUCAAAAGUAUUUCCAUGUAGAAAAAAAAGUGUUUGUGCCGUGAGCAGUUUGUCAUGUGCGAUAAGAACGCGUGUCCUGUUUGAACUGCGCACAUGCUGAAGAAAGCAGAGUUAAAAUCAAUAGUUGAAAAUGGUCUUGCUGUGUAGCACGGUAGCCCUAAAUUGUUUUUGAACCUCAGCAGGUUCUUCCUCAGGGAAAUUUUGAAAGAAAAAAAAAAGCUAGGAACUGCUGUAUUCUCUCAUAAUAACUUUACCAGAGAGAUCUGAUUGCUGCAAACUAAAUACCAAUGCAUUUCAGAUAGGGAAAUGGAUGCGACGGAAGUAGCCUCCUGCAUUCUGAUUUUCUCUACCACAUGGUUUGCACAACCUACAAAGAAGUAUUAUCCACGUAGGAAAACAUUCCUUUUAAAGCAGGCUGAAGAUGGACAGAGCUGUAACUUAAGAGUAGCUUGUUAUAAUUAGGAAAUAGUGCUGCCUUAACUCUGCAGGAGAAGAGUGUUGGGGGGAAGGGCAUACAGAGUCCAUAACAAAAAAGUUGUAAGGGCUUUUUUUUUUGGACUGAAUUAUGUUUGAAACUGAAGUUCAUGUUCUCCUAGCACUACUCAAUUGUUUGGGAUGAGAGUUGUACUUUUUACAAAAGUGUUUCAAUAAUAGAGAUGUGUUUCAUUUUUUGUUUUGUUUUGAAUUGCAUCGAUACAAAGGUGUAUCUUGUUAAUAUGCGUGUAGAUGAAGUGGACUGAGUUCUGAACCUCAUAAAAAACAAGUAAAUGUUGUCAAAGAGGAGUGAAGAUGACUUGUGUGCAUGUGUGUGUGAUGUAUGUACGUAUGUAUGUAGUGACUGGGAUUCAGACAAAGUCAUACUUAGGUCUCACUGAAAUCAGUGUGAAAAAAUAAUCUUGAUUAUCUGAAGUCCCAUGGAUUUCAGUGGACCUAAGUAUAAUGAACAGUGUUGAUCCAACCCUGUGUGUCUGUGUGAGUGAUCUAUAGAUAUAUGCACACACAGUAUAUUGCUGUUUAGCUAUAUGUCAUAGCCUCCUUAAAAGUCUGGUUCAAUGCAUGCUGGGCUUUGAUGAAAGUCUAAGUAAUGUAACAGAAGUUAUGGGGUGUGGGCGUAUUUUUGGACCAUAAUUAAUGAGCUUUCAGCUUGAUGAGAAGAUUCCAUACUUCUGCAUAAUAGCAAGUCUGUAAUGUUCGCCAGGCACUUGAAGCAGAAAAGAAAUAUAGAAAACAAAUGUCGGCAAUCCAGCCCCACAAUGCUCAAAUCCCAUGAAAAAAAGGAAUGAAAACUUUCACACAACCUCUGUUUUUUAGUGGUUACAGAUUUUAUUCUUCUUAGCAUUUGAGUAUAUUAGAAGCCUAUGAGAACUGAUAUCUUAUCGGUUGCCAACAGGAAGGCUGGACAAAGAACUGUACUAUGUGCCGUGAACUGCCAUUUGAAUGCCAGUCUUGUUUUUUUGUUUUUUAAAAAAGUGUAUUUGUAACUUAAUAGUCUUUUAAUUAAAUACUAAUGACCUGCAAUGUGUGUUCUAUUUGCCAAUUAAAAGAAGUGUUUUAUUUCUGAAAA